CAGACGCUGCAGCUUCUCUGAAGUGCCAGCUUAAGCCCUGCGGAGAAGGACGCUGGAGCACAGAGCAUGAGGAACUGGUGUCUGUGCCAGAUUUGCACCUGCGGACGGCAUCGUUGUCCACAUGGAAUCACAAGGGUUUAUGAGCAUUCUGGCAUAUCUUGCCCUACGACGGAGUAUAUGGAAAAAUACCCAAAAUAUGGUGAUGUUCUCCCACCGCAGAGUCUUAAACCAAAGCCAGGAUUUCAAGCAUACCGUGGUAAAAUGGAAGGAGUAACCACAUUUAAGUCAGAUUAUCGCCCUUAUGAAGUAGUCAAGCAGCCUCGCCACAUGCCUGAAGAAUAUAAACCCAAACCGGGGGAAAUUGAUCUUGGUACUACCUACAAGCGAGAUUUUAAUCCUUACAAAGUACAGCCCGUGGUAAAAGUCCGGCCUGUGGAAAGACAAGAAGUUAAAAAAGGAAAGUUGGACACUGUCCCAACUUAUAAAGAUGAUUAUAGAUCUUGGGAUAUUCAGAAAUGUGAACUGUGUAAACCAGAGCAAGCUUACCAUCCCCCAGAUGUGAAAUUCGGAAACUCAACUACAUUUCAGGAUGACUAUGUUCCCCGGGAGAUACCGCCUAGGCCAAGCUUUAAGCCCCGCUCUGUGAUCAAGUGUCCUGUAGGCCCUUUUAAUGGUGAUACAAGUCAUCAUCGAGAUUAUGUACCUCAUCAGCUAGAAGUCAAGUUUGCAAGGCCAAAAGAAGUUUAUAAGCCUACUGACCAGCCUUUUGAGGAUCUCACCACUCACCGGAAUGACUUUCAGGGUCUUACUGGUGAAACUGCAAAAAUCUGCAGACCUCCCUAUACCAGAGUGACCCAAAACAUUCAGUUUAAAGGAAGCACUGAAUUCCGUGACAGUUUCCAACCGUGGGAAAUCCCGCCACCCAAAGUGAAGAAAGUAGCAGAGUAUGUGCCUCCUUCAGGAAGCAUGCAGUUGGACAGCACCAGCCACCUCGACUAUGUUCCCUACCGGGCCAGCCGUGUUGUUGCCAUUCGGCCAGUUUCUCACAGAAGGCAAAGCAAUUUUCCUUUCCAAGGAAAGAGCACCAUGAAGGAAGAUUUUCCAGCAUGGGAAAGUUGUCGUCAAGGACUUAUUAAGCAGCAGCAACAAAUUCCCAACCCAUCUGGAAAAUUUGAGGGUUUGAGCACUUUCAGAUCUCACUUUGUGCCACAUGAAUUGAUUCCAACAGAGAGCUGCAAACCUUUAAAUGAAGCUCUUAAGAGUUCAGUUCCACUUGAUGAUGUCACCAUGUAUUCUAUACAGUUCACGCCGAAGAAGCAGGAAAUCUGCCCAGCCAGCUAUCCUUCUCCUCCUGGUUAUGUAUUUGAAAAUACAAAUUCCCAAGGGCAUAAAUUCUUCCGCAAGAUUAUUCCUGCAGUGAAGGCCUUUUAGUAAUUAAUGUUUAAAAGAAAGCUAAUGAGAGUUUGAUUUUUUUUAAAGAGAAACUCCAACUUUUACAGUAAAAAAUAUUAGGAGAGCUAUAGAAUUUCAUUUUUAGCUUUUUGAACAAGUUGGAACAUAAAGAUCAGAAUUGACAAAUCUUUUUUUAACCAAGGCUGUCUUGUUUAGCACAGGCUACUCCGGAACUUGCAGUGCACCUGUGUCAGUCUUCUGAUCUAAGAUUGUUCUUUAACAGGCAUUUCUGAAGGCUAAUGAUGGGCACACUCAUUUAUACAUGUUGUCUCAUAACUUGUCCUCAGUCUGAUAUCAUGUACACUAAUUUUACACUUAUGCAAUUAUGCACCUACUCUCAACACCAUUAUCAAGCACAAUUAGAACAAAAUUGAAAAUGAGACAUAAAUUACUCUUUGUUAAAAAUCCAGAUUUUAUUCAUUCAUUCACUCAUUCAUUCAUUCAUCUUCAACACAUCUACAGAGCAUAGGACAAGUCAAGUUUUGGUUGAUGAUGUCAGAGAACAGAUGCUCUGUUCCUUACCCUGUUCAAAAUAGCAAGAGGCAUUGUGGCUUGAAGAGGAAAUGUCCUAUAGGCUGGGAAUCAGCAAACCAGAGUUCAAAUACUAAUAUCUUCAGUUUCUAUUUGAGCCACUGUAAGCAAUCUCUGCAUACACACUUCUGUGGUUCAUGUGUAAAAGAAAACUGGUUCUCUCUACCUCAUGAAAGUUUGUUGGGAGCAUCAAAUUAUAUAAAACAUUUGAAGGUGUAAAGUACAAAUGUAAGGGGCUAUUAGCAAACCCUCAGAUAACGUUUUGUACUUUUUCCUUGUCAAAUAAGGAUAGUUACAAACUCGAUACUCAUUACCUGGUCUCCAUCCAGCAAUGACUGUAAAAUAACUUAAUUUGCUUUGAGUGUAUGAGUGAAAUGUGUUUGUAGGAGGCGCCUGCCCACUGUAGCUUCAUAAACACCCUAUAUGUUACAGCAGAAAAUAGAGAACCUACAUUAAAUACUUGGAGGUAAAUGGCUGUAUUUUCAAAAGGAAAAAUAUUUGCUGAAAAUGUGGUAGGGAAGACUUCCAAUUCUGAAAAAAAUCUUCAGGAUAAACCUAGGUAUCUGUGCAUGCAUUGGCCACAUCCAGAAACACUGUUCAUUUAUAAAGGCCAAAAUUACCUUGUUCAUAACUGAAAGUAUAAAGAAAGAAGGAAGGAGAAAAGAUACCAGUAAGGGACAUGGAAAUGGCAUACUAUACUUAUAAAUGCCGAAAGCUUUUAGUGAACUAAAAUCAAGUGAGUGUUUUAAUAAAUGAUCAAAUGAUCAUGUAUGGAAAAUAAGAUUGACUUUAAUUUAAAAUGAAUUUUAAUGUUUUCAUAGUUGUUUAAGAAUAUUACUAAGGGUGAAUUCAAAAUAUUUAAUACUUGUUUUUAAUUAAUUAAAAGUAAUUCUCCAUAUUUGCAUUUAUUAUAAAAAGAUAUCUGAAAAAUUUUGUUUUAUGUAUAAUCUGAUUAAUUAAAUGUAUUGAUUUUCAUG